CAAAAUGGCGGCGCCUAAACUCACUACCAAACAUGCAGUGUUUACGGGCAGACGCAAUCGCGUCUCGCAUAACCUUCUUAUAAGGGUGUGGAAGAAAGAAAACAUCCGAAUUGAGACUCGGUGUGCGCGUCAAUUAGCAACCUGCGAAUCCUGUGCGACUCCUGCUUUUGCUCGACGAGCUGCUUCACCUUAUCGCGCAGUCUAUUAUUUUCUUUCCAACCGCAAAAAUGGUAUUAUGUAAUAUAGAGUGUGUACAAAGAAUAUCACAGUAUUUAGACGUUUCGCCAGGGAAGCUUUACGUUUCCGAAAAUAAUACAAUAGUCACGGAUGAUUUGAUAAAAAAUCAAAGCACCGAAGGAUUCAGUACAAUUGUUCAAGCUCUUGUGAAAAAUUCUAAAUAUCCUGCUAUUCUUGGUGACGAUGCUGUCAAGCAAGCUUUAACACGACAAUGGUUAGAAUAUGCAGUACUUUGUGUUAAUUAUGCAGAUAAUUCAAUUAACGAAAAACGAGUUUUGAAGGAAUUGAACAGCGUACUAAAAAUGAGUACCUACGUUUCUGGAACCAAAAAAACUAUCGCCGAUAUUACUCUUUAUUAUGCUCUGCAUGGACUAAUGCAAAGACUGACUCCGCAAGAGAAAGCCGAACAUGUACACGUAUCAAGAUGGUUCGAUAAUAUGCAGCAAGAUGACAAAUUGCGACAGACGAUGGAUCUCAUUAACUUUAAUAUGAUGCAUUUAUAUUUGUAAUAAAUUAAAACCUGAAUCCUUACGAAGCUAGACUUACAUUUCAUUACUAGUAAAUAAAUUUGUUGAAUACAUUUCUAAGAUCAUAAAUGUUACAAUUGUAACUUAUUGCUCACAAUGUACUUUUCAUCCAAACAACUUUUAUUAAAUAGAAUAUGCAUUAAAUAUAA